GGGAAAUCCUUCAGCUAUGGCGGUCGGGCGCAAAGUGGAGCUGGCCGAGGCCCUGUCGCUGGGGCCUGGCUGGCGACACGCCUGCCACGCGCUGCUCUACGCGCCCGACCCGGGGAUGCUCUUCGGCGCCAUCCCGCUGCGCUACGCAGUGCUGAUGCAGAUGCGCUUCGAUGGGCGCCUGGGCUUCCCUGGCGGCUUUGUGGACCCGCAGGACAGCAGCCUGGAGGACGGGCUGAACCGGGAACUGCGCGAGGAGAUGGGCGAGGCGGUGUCCGUCUUCCGUGUGGAGCGCGCUGACUACCGGAGCUCCCACGCCGGGGCCAGGCCGCGCGUGGUGGCCCACUUCUAUGCCAAGCGUCUGACGCUGGAGCAGCUCGAGGCCGUGGAAGCUGGCGCGCCACAGGCCAAGGACCAUGGGUUGGAGGUGCUGGGCCUGGUGCGGGUGCCCCUGUAUACAUUACCAGAUGGUGUGGGAGGCCUGCCUGCUUUCCUGGAGAAUUCCUUUAUUGGUGCUGCCCGGGAGCAGUUAUUGGAAGCCCUCCGGGACUUGGAACUCCUAGCACCUGCCUCUGUCUUAAGCCUCAGAACCCCAGCUCGUCAGUAGAGGCAGCCCUCCACGGACCCAUGGAACCUGAGAUUAGGACCUUGGUACUGGGGAGGGAGGGAAGGAAAAGAAAGUUCCCUCUUCUGGGCAGAGAGAUGAUAGAUGAUACCAGAUUAAAAGAAGGAGACCUGUGUGCAAUGUGUUUUGAGCAGAGAGUCUUCCCAACUCAUGGCAUCAAGAACAAAAAUGCAUAGCACAUCCCAGGUCUGGGGCAGAUUCUCAGACAGCCUUCUCCACAGCCUGGAAGCGCUAGGCAGCACAUGUACAAUCUGUGACUGCACAGCCUAACUAAUUCCCUCCAUCAUGCCCAGUUUAACCAGGAUGUGGUGUUUUCUGGGCCUGCCUUAUCACAAUCCUCUCUCUUCCUGGGGCAGGGUUGCCUCCUCCUCUCCUAUGUGGCCACUGUCCAUGGUCUAGUCCAGCCCAUUCUUGUUGGAGAAGGCAGAGGCAGAGGACCCUCUGCUCCCUGAAAGUGGUUCCACUCUUACCUGAGGAUUGACAAAAGCAAUUGGUUAGGACAAAGUCCUAACCAAUCCCUCCCGCCUUUAUUCCCCUGCAACUGAGCAUAAAGGGUCAGGAGGUGGCUAGGUCUUCCUACACUGACCUUGGACUUGAGACCUCUGAGUCCUGGUACCUCUCCUCCUGGACUUUCAUUUCUGAGGGAAAAUGAGAAGGAAAUAACCAGCCCCUCUCUAGCUUGCCCUACCGAAAAGAACCUACUGUAAAAAGGCUGAUAGCUGGGCCUCCAUGCUUUCUGUUCUCUCAAUGGACACUGGCUAAGUACCUCGUAAAUGCUAGGUAUGGUAAAAAUAUAUAGAGAGAGCCAUAGCCCUUGCUCUGUAAGACUUCAGAUCAAUUGAUGGGUAAACAGCUUCUUAAAGGGCUGUAUAGUAAAAACUAGGCGGUAUAGCCACAUGGUUUUAGUGGCAAGCCUUAACUCUGACAUGUCAAUUCCUGUAUAAUACAUAUAUUUGUGUUGUUAUGUCCUAAUAAAAACAGGUGUUGAGCCUCAGGGCCACAGUGUACUAAAGAUUACUCUACAGGGAAAAAUAGGUUAAUAAUAUUAUUUGUGCUGACUAUGUACCUGUUAAGUGUUCACAAGGAAAAAAGGAAUUGAUAUAGCCCCAUUUUGAUAUUUUUAUCUUUAUUUGGAUUGGUCUGAAAAGCCCCUCUUUGGAGAACAUUUAAAGUAAAAAAUGAGAAAGAAGUAUCAGAUAGAAAUGUGGGAAUUGUUGUCCAGAAAGGAGCAUAUGUGCACUCUGAGGUAGAAAGAAUUGUAGCAAACCAUCCCAAAAUGCAUUGCUUAAUGCAAUAACCAUAUUAUUGUAUUUCAAGAUUUUGCAGUAAUUUCACAAGGCCCAACUGUGUAACUGUUCCAUGUGAUUCUCACGCAGGUCCUUAGAAAAGUACAGGUGAUAUUAAGCUGGCUUAUAGGGCCUGACUGAAGAAUCCAAGACAGCUUCAGUCCUAGGCUUCAGUGGUGGCUGGAGGCUGGGUUCUACUGAAACCAAACCCCCUGUACAUGGCCUCACCAUCAUGAUGUUCUAGGUAGAUGAAAUCCCUUCAAGAGUGACUCAGGGAUCACAGAGAAGUUUCUGGGUGACCAAGGUAGAAACUGCAAGGCUUCUGAGCUGGCCUGGGAAUUUCACCGUGUGCCUUUUUCAUACUCUGUUGGUCAUUAAAGUCCAGACAAGACUGAAGAGUAAGAGAAUUGCACAUUAUUUCUUGAUGGGGAGGAUAAGGGAUAGGGCAGAGAACCAGCAAAGAACAUAUAGCCAACUUUGACUGACUGGCGCAUGUCCUGUAAUGGAAAAAGCCAGUAUGUUUAGAUAUUAGUAAACAAGGGGUGAUGACUGAAGAUUUAGGCAGGAGCCAAAUGGUACAGAGUUUUGGCAGGUUAUUUCUCCACUUUUUCUUUCCAGCUUAUUUUCUGAGUUCUCUGGAGCUGGUGUGCAUAGCUUCUGUCUUACCCUGCAAGCAUCCCUUCCCAGAACAGGCUUCCUUCUCCACCAGCUGCCAUAUAGUAGUUGAUUGGUAUGGGUUUGAAGCAUUUCCCUGGCUUGGUCCUGGCAGUGCCAGGUGGGCCAGAGGGAGGAGAGCAAAGCUCAGACUCUGCAUGGCUGCUCCUCCUGCUGAGGGACAGAUAAGCUGGGGUGGCUUUACUCUGGCUUUCCCUGUUAAGGACUGGGGAGGGGAGGGCUCCUUUUAAGCCCUGACCCUGCACACUGUAAUAAGAUGUCCAGCUGAGCAUGUGACCAUGGCCACCUUUCCUUAUCUGAAGUGUGGGCUGUGAUUCCUGGGGAGAGGGUUAAUGGAGGAGCACUGGCUUAAGUGGAGAGAUAGGCCAGCACCAUGUCAGCAGUUCUUCCUGCUUCUUAGCACAUAUGAUCCCUUGGGAGAGGAGAGGCCCAGCUCCCUCCCCCAAACACCUAUUUCUGCCCUUCUCAGCAUAAUGGGCAAGGUGUUUCUACUUCUCACCUGGCACUUUUCCCUGGAGCAUGCAGGCUGCUGGGGCGGAACAAACGCUAUUGGGCUUCAUGUGGUCCUGAGCCGUGGUCCUGAGCCAAAGUCCUGCUGCUGCUCCUGUCUGUCUCCUUCCCUAGGAACUCUGGCUCUGGGGGAAGCUAAGUGAAACAGACAGUGCAAGUGGAAGAAAGGUGGGAGAGGAGGUUUUCCAUGAGUUUCAGUUUACUACACAGAAAACAGUAAAAUCCUAUAUCCCAAACACGCACCUGAACAGGGAAACAGAAAGGCAAAAACAGGUGAAAACUACGUCAUCUGUGAUGAGAUUUGCAGUUGGCAUCAGAAUUUGAGCCGUCUCAGGCUAGAAGCACAGAUCAAGUGGUAGGGUGCUUGUCUAGCAAGCCAAGGCUCCGAGUUCAAAAUCCAGUUCCUCAAAAACAUUUUUUUCUAGGUAGUGAUCCACCUAGAAUCAGAGGAAUUCUAGGUGGAUCACUAGAGGAAUCCACCUUAGAGGAAUAGAUGAGUGGAGGGGGCAUUCUAUCUAAAACACAGCCACUACUGAGGCAGCAGGAGGUAUGGGUGGGGUGGAGGAAAGGAAACUGUUCCCGUGGACUUUAGUCCACAGAACCCUCCUGCAAGGAGAGCCAGGUGGCCUGCUCCCUGGCUGUGUGUAGCAGUCCAUGAUCCUUGCUGCAGUGGAUACAGUUUGGUAGAGACUGCAGGGGUAAGGUGAAACCACCCCAUAAGGCCCCACUCACACUUGCUCUCACACUUGAAAAGCAGCAAGGACCUGAAACUCACAAGGAAGCUCCUAUCCGUUGUUCCCAGACCCACCCAUGCUCCACCUCAGGCUCGCUCCCUCUCCUCUGUGGCAGUGGCAAAGGAUACAACCUUCCAUUCUGCAUGAGGAGUCCCGUAUGGGGUUUCAAAAUUCAUAAACAUCCCUUGCCAAAGCAAGUCCCCACAUGCCCAGUUCCCCCACUCCGAAGGACAAGCCUGAUAGACUUACAACAUUCUGGCCAUCAGCACUAGAUUCAGGGUGAGCAUUGAGGCAAAGGCCUGCUGAACAGGGAGGGGAGGACAGGUCCACGAUCUUCUGUUUGAGAGCCAAAGAAUAGAAGAAUAGUCCCCAGUUGCUUUCAGAAAAUGAGAAGUGGCAAAAUUAAAUCUGUUCCAGACUACUCCAGACUUACAUAGGACAUGAACCUGGGUGGAAGUGGUGAAGAGCUUGUUCCGGAAGAUUUAUUUCAGGGCAUAUAAGCAGUAGGUGCUCAGGGAAUUUAAGGAAAACCUGGACUCUGGAAGGAGUGCCAGGAAGAAAUGAGGCAUACAGACGCUGGCGGCACUGAGGCAAGGAUUUAGGAGAUGGAGCUCUUAAGAGAACCUGACAAAACACCAGAGAAUCAAAGAGCAUCAUCAACACUGGAAGAACUUUCUCUGAUGCACAGCAGAGAAGAAAAUCCCGUAGGAAUGGAAGAAAAUGUACAACUCAAGGAACAUGAGCACACGAUGUGGCAGAAGUGGAGUCAGGUAAUGGAAAUUCAGAGUAUUGCUGAUGGCGAGGAUGGAAACACUGAACGGCUGGAUACAUGUGAAAAAAAAAAAAGAAAACACUAUUUAGAGUGAACAGACAAAAACUUUCCUGAACUAAAAGAGACUUCACCUGCAGGUUGGUAAGACUCACUGUUUAAGCGGGGGAAAUGGCCUUGUAAGACAACCUGAGAUUUUUUUUUUUCAUUUCCCAGGCAUGGAUAGGUUGGAGAGUUAGGUCGCUCAGUUUACCAUAACUUCACAUGUGUGUAAGCUGGUAUCGUGUGAAAAAGCAUGGAUUUCACCUAUGCAGUCCAUCUGGAGACCUAGGAGGGUGUUUCUGAGCUGUGCUCAAGGCAAAUCACAGGAAUAACUGAGGAAUAGAAAAGCUGAGCUGUCAGGGGCUGGUGGGGAGGAGCAGUCCUUGUUAUAGGUCCAGU